AUAAAGAAUUUUUGACAACGAAUUGUAAUUGGUAUUUAUCGAUUAAUUGUUUGAGUACUAAUUACACUAUAAUCGGUUAUUGUGAUUGACUAAUUUUCAUACUUAUUAUUGUGGAAACAUUGUUAUCGUUCUUUGACAAUGAAUCAUACCAAAAUGAAUAAAUUCAAAAUUGAAUAUAGUCACUCAUAGUUACAAUCUGAACAGUUUUGCAUUCGCCAUGAUAACUAAAACGUUAUUGUCUCAACAUCGAGUAUAUCAAUAUAUAGCAGCAAUAUCAGGAACAAUAUGUAUAAUGUCUUCAGAAAUGCACUUCGGGUGGACAUCACAAUCUCUGCCUUCUCUCACUGACGGUACUUACAAAUUGCAAAUUUCCAAAGACGAAGCUUCAUGGUUAGCCGUAAUCCUUUUAGCGGGUACAGUUAUGGGAGCAGUCAUUGCUGGAAAAUUGACGGAUAUAGUAGGACGGAGGAAAAUUAUUCUCAUAACUUCCAUUCCACUUAUAAUCGGAUGGAUUAUGAUUGGAGCCGGAAACAGCAAUGUGGAACUUUUUGUGGGAAGAUUCAUCGCAGGAAUAGCGAAUGGACUAAGCUUUUCGACCGUUCCAAUGUAUUUAGCUGAGAUAGCAGAGCCAGAAAUAAGAGGUAUCAUUACAUCAUUGUGUCCAGUUUUUGUGGUUUUGGGUAUUUUGAUCAUAAAUUUUCUGGGCUCCAUUUCCUCAAUCAGUACAACUGCUUAUAUAGCUAUGAUUUUUCCUUCACUGUGCGUAAUUACAUUCCAUUGGAUGCCAGAAAGUCCGUCAUUUCUACUUCAAAGAGAGAAGCACGAAGAGGCAAGAAAAAUUUUGGAACGACUAAGGGCAGAAUCUGAUGUAGAGGAAGAGCUGCAAAGAGUUAUGAAAUUUUUAGGUGAAAACAAGCAAUGUAGUUGGAAGGAAUUUUUCUUAGAUAAAGUGACUUGGAGAGCAAUUCUAAUUGCUUACGGAUUGAGAACCGCUCAACAAUUCAGUGGUACAACUGCUUUGACUUUCUAUUGUAAAACAAUUUUUGACGAAACUGAUGAUAUUUUUCCUUCCGAAUUAUCUACAGUAGUUUACUUUCUUUUGCAGCUCAUUGUAUCAUCUAUAGCUAUAUUUUUGGUAGAUGUAUAUGGUAGAAAACCAUUGCUAUUGAUUUCAACUGUAGGCACUACCUUAACAUUAUUUAUAAUGAGUGCUUAUCUUCAUCUAAAAAACCAUGUGAAUAUUACUACAUCCAAAUUAAACUAUAUACCCAUAGUAAUAUUAUUUUCAAACAUCAUAUUUUUUAGUAUUGGGCUUCGUACAGUACCACUUUUGAUGAUGGGCGAAAUGUUUUCUCCUCGAUUUAGGGCUAAGGGAUUAUGUAUUGGAUGUAUCUACUUUAGUGUCAUAGCGAUGGUUUUUGCUAAAACAUUUUUUGAUAUUUCAUUGAAGUUUGGUCAAGCAGCACCUUUUUUGUUGUUUUCCGUAUUAUCUUUUAUAAGUACUUUUUUCGUUAUAUUUUGUAUACCUGAAACUAAAGGAUUGACACUGGAAGGAAUUCAAAGGAUAUUGAAAAAAUUACCAAAAGAGAAUAAUACUCAACAACAGAGCGAUGAUAAAUUUACUGUGAUAGCUGAUGUUUGACAAAACAAGCAUUGAUUGUUACAAAAAAUAAAAUUUAUGAGUGUACAAUGAACUUAUUUGAUUCACGAAAUUAUGAAUUAUUUUCUUAGAUCAAAUUCUGCCAACAGCUACCAGAUGAUUGUAGUAUUGACAAUGAUUGAUAAUUGACACGUAUAAACGUAAUACAAAUAAUAUGAUGAUUUUUGCAGUAUAACUUUGUUUCCAUUAGAUAAUUUAUAAAUAGCUCAUAGAUAAACUUUCGUGAGUUCUGUCACUUUCUUAAAAUUGUUUUACAGCUUUUCCCAUUUUCAAAAUGAUCCACAAAUCUUCUUUCAUCAUAACUUGAUAAAGGAUUAUUGAUUUUUGGAAACUGAGUAAUUUUUCCUAUGGUUGCAUUAAUCAUGACAAUCAGAUAUAUUUGAAAUUCCGUGAAGUUGGGUCAUUUUGGUCUACUUUUGGAAUUGUCAUAACUUUAAACCAAUAAAUCAAUAGUAUUUAUAACUAAAAAUAGGAAAAUAAUUUGUUUUGGGGCGUAGUUAGGUUAGGUGUGGUUGGAGUUAAAUAUGGCAGCCACUAUAAUUAGUCUAUACUGUCCAUAGCAAGCCACUAUAUGAUUAAGUGACUUUGGCCGCUCUCUAGCGGUAAAACCUGCAAUCCUAAGUUUGAAGCGACCGCUCAUAAACUUUCUUCAAGGUUGUAUGUCGCAAUUUCAUCUGAAAAUCCUAGAUGCCGCCUAGUUAGUAAAGUUUUUAUUCCGUUUUUCAGGAACUUAAAAAUAAAUUGUGUGCUGUAAAUAUUUUUUUUUCCAUUACAAACUGUAGAAACGGUAAAAAAUUACAUUUGGAAAAUAAUAAUUAUUGUAAUUGUCUAAUUGUGCAUAAAUAAAACAAAUAUUAAAUAAAAUUGGAGAAAAAAACCCUUUUUUGAAAUCAAACUUUUAUUAUUUAUUAAUAAAAUGAACCAAUAAGUUAAAGAAAAAUUAGUGUUCUUCUCAGUAUGUAAUUUCAAAUGGUGUUGCGGGUUGAGGACUAAAAAUAAAUUAUCCAAGAGUUUUUUAAAAUGCCAACGUUUCGAUCUUUUAUUUGAUCUUUAUCAAGUCUAGAACAUUUAUUAUAGUAUUUUUUUGUCUUAUUUUAUAAGUUGUGGACUAACCAAGUAAAGUUUUCUACAUUUCAAUUUUUUCCUCAUGUAAGUAACACGAUGUUCAAUAGUAUGCCGUUCACUUAGAAGUGUUUCAAUAUGUUUUGAUACUUCCUGUAAAUGUUUGCAAUAAAUAAUUAUACUUCGUUAUAAUUUUAUUCAGAAUGUCUCUUUAGGACUAAAGUUUCCUUAGUAUAAAAAUUCAUUUUUGCUUUCUUUAGAUUGUACAGGUUGUUCUGAUUAAAGUUUCGGAUUGUUAACCAUUGAGCCUCGCCUAGGCCUCGUAAUUCUUCAUAUAUACAUAUAAGGAAUUUGAUCCUUGCUGCUUUAAUAUCAGUUUUUCUAUUUAUUAUUAUCUCAGAACUUAGAUUUCUUAAAACUGUGUACUUUAGUUUCAAGCAAUUGAAAGGUGUAGUAUUUAUUUCUAUCUUGGUUCCUUCAUAUAUUCGUUUGUAAUGAUUCAUGAUGAAUUCAUGUACACUUAUAUAAAUAUCUUGAUUUCAUAACGGUAUAAAGAAGAACAACGACGGCUUUAAAAUUGGGAAACUGUAGAUGUUGGGAGCUACAUUACAUUCUGCAGAAAAAAUGUAAAGGUUUGAAAGUUGUCACAUUAUGCACGCUUUUUGUACUUACUUUUAGCUUCUGAACAAUCUUUUUUCCUUUCUUUGUAAUUAUUAUAGGAUUCAUGGAGAUCUUCACCUCAAAGGUUUUCCAUUUUUGCUUGAUAUGUGAUGCAUAAUACACGUUGGUUACAAAAAAGGAUUUUUAUUCAAAUGAUUUUUAGAAAUUGAUGUAUGCUGACAGUACUUUUUUGUUGUUGUUUUUAAUAUCACACUCACUUCUAGUUAACAGAUUGAAUUAAUUUUAUAAAGGAAACCGCUAGGAGGAAAUUUAUCAAUUGGUCUAUCCUACACAAAUAAUCCAACGGUUUGACUGAUCAAGUGACUAUGAUGAACUUUAACUUUGAUGUUAUGUUUCAUAUAGUUGAAUAUUGAAUUUUAUUAUUUUCUGAUGAGCAGCUUUAUUCGCAUGGUUACUUUUUAUAAUCACGGUAAAUGAUACUUUCAACACGUCACAAUGACUUUUUCUCGACUUUGGAAAAAAUUGCACCUAGUUACUUCUACCUCCAAGCAAAUGAUAUUUGAAAAUGAUAUAGGAGUUAUUGAGACCAAGGAAAUAAUGUUCGAGAAUUUUUAUCGCCAUUUUCAUUCAUAAGUUCGUUGCGAAACUUUUCCGUCGAACGUAUUUUUUAAAAAUUAAGAUCUUAGUUUUAUUUUUUAUUUAUUUAACACUAACCAUCAAUCACUAUUUUCUAUUUAUUUCAAAUCUUUUCAUGGUUAUUUAAUUUUCGUUGAUGAAUUUCAUUGCUGCAAACAUUGAUAUCCGAAAUUAUAUGACUACUAUAGUUAAACUUGGAAUUGAAACCAUCAUCUACUUGGACCUCUGUGAUAGUAUGACAAGUUCGAAUUGCCAGAUUUUACCAAAUCCUUUAACAAAAAAUUAUACAUCAUACUAUAAAAAAUUUUAUAGCCACUGAUAUUUUUUUUUAGCUUGCUAAUUCGUAAAUUAGAUAGAAAUCAGAUUAGAACAGAUUCUAUUUAUUUCAAAACAUACCAAUUUUAAAGUAGCUAAAAGAUAGUUUUAUAAUAAAACAAUGGUUUUGUCAAGACUAGUUUAUUUAAUAUAUUGAUUAUAAACAUAUUUUUAUUUUAACACUAUUCCUAUAGACACUUCAUGUAUACCUACCGCGGCCGGUUAAAUGACCGGUCUUCCACAACUUUUUCAAUUUCAAUUUUCAAUAUUAAACGUAAACUAAGAGUCUGCUUAGCAGUAUAAAAAUAUUUUUUUAUUCAAGAGUAGAUUUAUCCCGGCUUAAUCCAAGAUAAUGAAAAAUAAUUGCAACGGUUA